UUUCACCAACACACACAAAAUACACAGUAAGCCACACCGCACUCCACCACUUUGAACAUUGAUAUAUAUCGACUUUCAGAUGACUUUAGACAGAGUUAAUCGGCCAAGUGCUGACGUGGUUGAUCAGUUGAAUACGGGUUUAGGAAAUAUGAGUUUGAAUUCGGGCCAAAGAAAAGGGUGGGAAGAUUCGACCAUAGGAUAUGUAACGGGGGACGGUAGUAGACUUAAUUGGGCGACGUGGGCUGAAGCUAAGAAGAAAGCUGGUAAAUGGGGUGAUGAUAAUAAUGUGGAGAAUAUCGAGGAUGAUGAUGAGAAUGACGUUGAUGAGUCGGAUGAGGAUGGGCUAGUUAGCGAUGAUUAUGAUUCAGACGACAGUCAAAAGAGCCAUGAUUCGCGGAAAAAGAAUCCAUGGUUAGCUGAAUUUUUUAGUACUUUGGAUGGUUUAACUGCUGAACAGAUUGUGGAACCAGCUAGGCAAUGGCAUUGUCCAGCUUGUCGGGAUGGUCCUGGUUCUAUUCAUUGGUUCAGGGGUAUGAAGUCGUUUGUUACUCAUGUGAAAACUAAAGGGACACGAAGGCCGAGGCUGCAUUGGGAUUUUGCGGAGCUUUUGGAUGAAGAAUUGCGUAGGAGGGGCGCUACGUUAGUAAAAGCUGGCGAAUCGUAUGGAAAGUGGAAGGGACUUGAUAAAGAAACUGAAGAUCGGGAAAUAGUCUGGCCACCGAUGGUGAUUGUUAUGAAUACACAGCUUGAGAAGGAUGAAAACGAGAAGUGGCUUGGCAUGGGACCCCAAGAGCUUCUUGAAUACUUUGAGUCUUAUGAAGCUGUGAAAGCACGUAGUUCAUUUGGGCCUGAAGGGCACAGGGGGAUGAGUGUGUUAAUAUUUGACACCUCAGCUAUUGGAUAUUUAGAGGCUGAGCGUCUAAGCAAUCAUUUUGUACGUCAAGGUGUAGAUAGAGAUGCUUGGAAUCGUCACCCAUAUCUGCUCCAUCCCGAUGGUAAGCGCCAGUUAUAUGGCUUCAUGGCAAAAGAAAGUGACUUGGAUGCCUUUAACCAGCAUUCACCUGGAAAAUUGAAGUUGAAAUCUGAGUUGGUGUCAUAUCAAGAAAAGGUUGUGGAUAAAUUAAAGCAACUAAACAAGGACAGUGAACAACUGAUCUGGUAUAAGAAAAAGAUUGCCAAACAAGAGAGGAGUUCAAAAGCGCUUGAAGAUGCAUUUUGGUUAUUGUCUGAGAAGCUCAGGAAGAUUGAAGAAGAGAACAAACUUGUCAGGCAGAGAACAAAGAAGUACCAUGAACAGAACCAAGAAGAGAUGGAUUUCCAAGAGAAUUUCUUUAAGGAACAGAUACAAGUGAUUCAAGAUGCCAGGGAUGCACACCAAAAAGAAUUUGAGCAGCUACAGCAGAAGGAAUGCAAGAUAGAUGGGAAAUCUUGUGAAGUUGCAGAUGCUUUUCAGAGCAAGGAGAAUGUUGAAGAGCUUGUGAAGUCUCAGGCAAAAGAGAUAAAGGAAAUCGAGGAAGAAAGGGAGAGGUUGAUGAAAUUGCAUGAAGAGGAGGUGGCUGAAAUGAAAAGCAAGCAUGGGAAUGAAGAGAUAGAAAUGGAGCAAAAAUUUAACUCAAAAUUGGACCAGUUGAUGGUAAAAUUGCACUUGGUAAAAGGCUAGUAUCAAAAGCUUUAUUUAGCUAGAAUUUUCCAAACCUCAUCAUGUUAUAGUUUUGGUGAGGUCCAUGUAGUUAGCAUGUGGUUCAACUGCUAUGCAAGUGUUUGCAUCUCCAAAGAACUUGUGUUUAUGCUGCUUAGCUCUAUCUUGUUUCUGUUUUGCUGCAUGGAGUUGUAGUCGUGACCUUGUGGGUGUGUAUAUGUAUCGUUACCGUUAUGCACUUCUUAUUUUCUUGGUUAUCUUCGUGCAAUUGCAGCAAUAUAUGUAAUACAUGUUUGUCAAA